CACAAACAAACCUUUAUGCCACAAAUACUAUAAGUAGCUAAUUUAAAUUGUUUAUAUGGGCAUAAGUAGUGAAAUAUACAUAAUACUGUAGCUUUUGUACUAGUCAUGUGAAUGUAAAUAAGCCUCUAUUAACUUUAGAACAUGAAUGUACAAAUUGUUAUAACUUUUAACCACAUGUAGAGAAAUCUAAAAUUAGGUUUUCAUUUUCGUUGACAUAUAUUGAUGAAGAACUGGUCAAAAAGACAUGUGUACGAUAGAGGAUAUGCGGGAUGUUUAAGUAAAACAUGUCCUUAACCAUUCUGUUGGAACUUGGGCACAGUGCCUCUUUGAAACAGAAAAAAGAUUCUGCAGGAUUCACUCAUGAUUGGGAAGUUUUUGUUAGGGGACAGAACGAAGCUAAGAUCCAAUAUUAUGUAGAAAAAGUGGUCUUCAAUCUGCAUGAAAGCUUUCCCAAACCAAAGCGAGUUGUAAAGGAUCCGCCGUUUUCGAUAAGAGCCUCUGGCUAUGCCGGUUUUAUCAUUCCUAUCGAUAUAUACCUGAAAAAUAAUCAAGAACCGAAAAGGAUAACAUUUGAUUAUGAUCUGUAUCUUCAUUCGUCAGGCCCUUCAAUUCAUAGAGUACAAAAAGAAAAGCACACAUUUUCCAGCCCGUCUGAAGAAUUUAGAAGUAAGCUGUUGAAAGGAGGAGCAAUAGGGGAAGGAAAUCACGAAAAUAGUAUAAAGGAAGACAAAAAUCAAAUGAGUAGUAGGCCAAAAUUAGGUACGUCGGAUGUCCCAAAAAAACACAAAAUGAAACUAGACGAACCAAGAACGACCGACUUCGAAAACCUUUUCGGUCCUCCAAUUAAAAAGACUAGUAAACUUCCCGAAGCCCCCAAACCGAAGGAACCUCCCCCCACAAAACCUCCAAACCCUGAAAAAUCUUCUGAAAAAGACAAAAGUGAUAAAGUAAAAUCAAAUAAAAGUGCCCAUAAAGAUAAGGAUAAAGAUAAAGAAAAAUCCAAAGACAAAUCCUCGGAAAAUGCGGAUAAAAGAAAUAAAGAAGAGAAGAGAAAAUCGAAAGAUGAUAAAAGUAAAGACAGGGACCGACAGAAGGAAAAAAGUUCAAAAAAAGACAAAGAAAGAGAAAAAUCACCAGUUUCCAGACCGAGAAGUCCAAGUCCGAAGAAAUCACCUAGACGAGAACCCAGCCCACCUCCAGUACAAAAACAUAGUAAUAAAGAAAAAGAAAGUAGUAAAGAAGAGAAAAAAGACAAAGAUAGAGAUAAGGAUAAAAAGGAAGAUAAAAAAUCUAAAAAAGAUAAAAGGGAUCACAAAGAAGGUAAACACAAAGAUAGGGAAAAGGAUAAGGAGCAUCGGGAGCAUAAAAGUAAAGAUAGCAGUAAAUCUAGGGAAAAAGAAUCUUCAGUUGUUAAGAAGGAAUCUAGUCCUGCUCUUCCUACACCUAUAAGUUCUCAAAAUUCGCACAAGACUGAUAAAAAACCAAAAGAAAAAGAACCUAUCAAGGAACCACUAAAAGAAGAGGUGAAAGAAGAGAAACCAGAAAAACCUGAAAAGAUAAGGAAUGAAUCCGAAGACAGACAAAAACACAAACAUAAGAAAAAAGACCGCAAAGAAAAGAAAGAAGAGAAACAUUCCAAAAAGGAAGAAAGAAAGAUCGAGAACAUCCCAGUUCAACUUCUAAUUCUAAAGAAGGAUGAUGAGUCGUCAAACGACUCGGUAAAGGUGAGCAGUAGAGAAGCAUCACCGGUCCACCGGCCGCCCUCAAAAUCUCCCUCGCCCCUUCCACCAGUUGAACCUGUUAAAAAACCGGAACCUGAGAAGAAAAAGGAGCCAUCACCAAAGAAAAAAGACAAAAAGGAAAAGAAAAAGGACAAGAAGGUAGACAAAGAAAAAGAUCACGAAAAAAAGAAAAAGCGGAAAAGUGAUCCUAUUACAAAUGAUAAAUUAGAACCUCCGGAAAAAAUUGUAAAGUUAGAAGAAGAGAACAAUUCGGACGAAGAGAGUAAGGUGUCAAGCACUGAAGAUGCUACAGCGGUUGUUCAACCAAAAAGUGAAACUGAGUAUACUGAUGUUUCAGUCAGAUCGCGCGGCGUAAGUCCUCCUGAUCAGUACGAUAGCACAUCGACAGAUGCAGCAAUUUGA